UUAAUUCAUUCAAGUAACGGUGGCGCGAACUUACAAUUCUGAAAACUGAGAUUAGUACAUGAUAUAUUAAAAUCGAUUUGUGAUAUACGCUUGCUGUUAAACAAACGUUGUAGCGGUAAAUACCAGGGUAUUAAAACGAAUAUUGCAGGUUGUUGCAGUUAUAUGUACUUUUAUACUUUUCAAAUAAGCAUUUAUCAUGCCUGGACGUGGCAAUUUGUUGUCCUUAUUUCAUAAAGAAACGGAGACAUCGGAAGUUUCUUCAUCUAGUGGAGAGCAUGCCAAGGAUAGUGGCUUAGAUGCUGACCAGUCUGUUUCAAGUGGAGAAUACCGACGCAUUGCCAGGGAUGAUAUUGCAAGUGAGCUUGCAUCAACUAUUCAAAAUGUCAGCAUUUCAAUUGGACGUGGACGUGCAAAUUUUCUGCAAUCCUUUCAAAAUGAAUCCCAACAAUUAAAGAACGAAAAAGAAACAUCGACUUUUUCAAAACUCUUAGAUGAUUCUCCUGGACAAAAAAAAGCAAAAAAUUCAGCAUUUACUUAUGGUAGAUCUGAAAUCAAAAUAAACAAUUCUAUGGAUGGUUUGUUUUGUCCUAGCACUAUUUACGGCACUAAAGGUACGCCGGUUAACUUGUCAUGUAAUUAUAUAGGAGUAAAGUCUGACCCUAAGAAAGGAGUUUACCUUUAUGAAGUACGAUUCAAUCCUCCCGUUGAUUCAAUUCAUUUAAGAAUGAAGUAUUUAAAUGAACACAAAAACCGAUUUGGAGGAGCUAAAACCUUUGAUGGAUCCAUCCUGUACUUACCGAUUUUAUUAGAAAGGGAAUUGACAACUUUUGUUUCCAAAAAUGUUGAAAAUAAGGAUAUUGAAAUAAGACUUCUGUUUAAAAAAAAAGAGUCUCUUAAGAAUUGUAUACAAUUGUACAAUAUAUUAUUUGAUCGCGUAAUGAAAUCUUUAAAUUAUGUUAAAUUUGAUCGAAAGCAUUUUGAUCCCUCACGACCAAAAGUUAUUCCUAUGGCGAAGUUAGAAGUUUGGCCGGGCUAUGUUAUUGCUGUCGAUGAAUACGACGGUGGUUUAAUGCUGUGCUGCGAUGUAUCACAUCGUUUACUAUGCCAAAAAACAGUAUUGGAUAUGCUAAUAGAGAUUUAUCAACACAACAAGAUUAAUUACCAAGAUAUAGCUAAAAAAUAUUUAGUUGGAAGCAUAGUUUUAACUCGAUAUAAUAAUCGGAUGUAUAGAAUUGAUGAUAUAUGUUUUUCCCAAAAUCCACAUUCAGAAUUUGAAACAAGAACGGGAUCUCAAAGCUACGUUGAAUACUACAAAAACCACCAUAAUAUUUACAUUAAAGACGGCAAGCAACCAUUACUUAUAAGCUUAAAACAAAUGAGGAAAGAGAAAACUGUCAAUACAGAAAACAUACAGUUUUGCUUAAUCCCUGAACUGUGUUACCUUACCGGCCUUCACGAUGAAAUUCGGUCAGACAAAAAACUAAUGCGUGAAAUAGCAACUUUCACUAGUGUUACUCCAAAUCAGCGUAUACUAGCUCUUGAUAAAUAUUUUAAAAAUGUAUCUGAAAACGACGAAGCGAAAGAAAUCCUUGAAAACUGGGGCUUAUCGCUCUUUAAAAACUAUCAUAAUGCAAUUGGUCGGAAAAUGGAUUCAGAGCAAAUAUAUUUUGCUAACCAAUGCAUUUUAGCUGAUCAUAAGGCAGACUUUUCAAAAGAUGUCACAAACAAUGAAAUGCUAGAAGUUAAACAUAUAAAAAGUUGGAUCGUUAUUCACCAAAAAAAUGAUGUUCGAUCGGCAAAAGCGUUUUUAACUAAUGUAGAACGAUGCUCCGAAGCUUUUGGAAUGAGCAUAUGCAAGCCAACUAUAAUUACAUUGGAACAAGAUAGAGUCGAUACAUAUGUUGAUGCUUUACGACGAAACAUUAGAACACAAACCCAAAUAGUUGUUUGUAUAUGUCCGAAUAUCAGAGAUGACAGAUAUAGUGCUAUAAAAAAAAUUUGCUGCUCGGAGCUACCGGUCGCAUCACAGGUAAUAAAUUCAAGGACGUUAUCCAACGAAACAAAAAAUCGUUCCAUUGUCCAAAAAAUUAUUUUGCAAAUGAAUUGUAAAAUAGGAGGAUCAUUGUGGACUGUAAAAAUUCCCUUUAAAAAUAUAAUGAUCUGUGGAAUCGACUCAUAUCAUGAUCCUUGUCAAAAGGGAAACUCUGUGGCUGCAUUAGUAGCUUCGCUAAACUCAUCUUAUACGCAUUGGUAUAGUAAAGCUGUUAUACAAACAAAAAAAGAAGAGAUUGUUAGUGGACUUACCUCGUCUUUUGAAGCUGCACUAGAAUGCUAUAAGACACGAAAUGGCUACCUCCCUGAGAAUGUAAUAAUUUACAGGGUGCUAGUUGACUAUCGUAGUUGGACGCUGUUAGCUUUUUUUACUGCUAGAUCUAGCUCGGAUCUUGAGAAACUUGCCAACCUGAACAGUCUAAGAUGGGCUCCAGUUCAUGCAAAGCGUUUUAUCUGGCUGGUGCUAAAUCCUCGCGUCUCCUUUGAUUACCAUGUUGCGUACAAAUACUGGGCUUGUUGGUCUCUGUGCGUAAAAGAUGGGGUUGGCGAUGGUCAAUUGAAUUUAUGUGCCAAAUACGAAAUUCCGCAAUUUGAAGACGUGUGUAAAAAGAAUAUUAAAAUUACCUUUAUAAUAGUUCAAAAGCGUAAUAAUACUCGAUUCUUUUCGAAAAGUAACAACAAUUUCGAAAAUCCUUUACCGGGGACGGUGGUUGAUAAAUAUAUUACAAGAUCGCAUAUGUAUGAUUUUUUUUUGGUUUCACAAAUGGUUCGACAGGGUACUGUCAGUCCAACACAUUUCGUUGUCUUACGCGAUGACGCAAAUUAUGGGCCUGAUACCAUACAAAAAUUAUCUUAUAAGUUAUGCUUUCUGUAUUAUAACUGGCCUGGAACUGUACGGAUUCCUGCAUGUUGUAUGUACGCUCAUAAGAUGGCAUACUUAAUUGGUCAAAGCAUUCAACGCGAUACUGCCAUUAACUUAGCGGAAAAGCUCUUUUAUUUAUAAAAAGUGUUUAUUAAAAAUAAUGUAUAAUUAUAAGCAUUUUGUGAAACAAAUUCAAAAAUUAUGCCGCAAGCCAUGAAGAGCGCAGCUCUAUUUAUGUUUAUUAAUGUUAAAUAUUUUAAGUUGGAAUACAAAUAUAUAAUUUUUGUACUUUUAAAUGGGAUUGUCUUAAUUAACUGAGAAAAUGAAUAGAUGUAUUGUAUAUAGCUUUUGAUUUCAAUAAAAUUGUGUGCGCUUUCACAUCUUUGGUAAU